GGGCGAGCUCGCUGAGGGGCGGGGUCUAGGGCCUGCUCGGGUGACGCCCGGCAGGGAAGUAUCGCGGGAAGAUGGAGUGAACUUAGCUCUUAGGAGUCGCUAUGGUGACAAGAGAGGCCCGAGGCUUCUUGGUAACUGGUCCCACUUCUGUGAGUACGAUCGCCACCGCUUUCCUGCCACUUAAGUGAGUACAAUCAAGUGGCAUUUUAAAAUUUUGCUGGAAGGUGGAGACAUGAGACUGAAGAUAUCUCUUUUAAAAGAACCAAAGCAUCAAGAAUUAGUAAGCUGUGUGGGCUGGAAUACUGCUGAAGAACUGUAUUCAUGUAGUGAUGAUCACCAGAUAGUGAAGUGGAACUUGUUAACUAGUGAAACAAGUCAAAUAGUAAAGCUGCCUGAUGAUAUUUACCCAAUAGAUCUUCACUGGUUUCCGAAAAGUUUAGGCAUAAAGAAACAAACUCAAGCAGAAACCUUUGUUCUCACAAGUUCUGAUGGCAAAUUUCAUCUGAUUUCUAAGUUAGGAAGAGUGGAAAAAAGUGUGGAAGCUCACUGUGGAGCAGUACUUGCUGGACGAUGGAAUUAUGAAGGAACAGCAUUAGUUACAGUUGGAGAAGAUGGACAAAUAAAAAUCUGGUCAAAGACUGGAAUGCUAAGAUCAACUUUAGCUCAGCAAGGAACACCAGUGUAUUCGGUAGCAUGGGGCCCUGAUUCGGAAAAGGUUCUUUACACAGCAGGCAAACAGCUGAUCAUUAAACCUCUUCAGCCAAAUGCUAAAGUUUUACAGUGGAAAGCUCAUGAUGGCAUUAUUUUAAAAGUAGACUGGAACUCAGUCAAUGAUUUAAUUUUAUCUGCUGGCGAAGACUGUAAAUAUAAGGUAUGGGAUAGCUACGGCCGCCCUCUGUACAGUUCACAACCUCAUGAGCAUCCUAUUACCUCAGUUGCCUGGGCUCCAGAUGGAGAAUUAUUUGCUGUUGGAUCAUUUCAUACUUUACGCUUGUGUGAUAAAACUGGGUGGUCAUAUGCUUUAGAAAAGCCCAACACUGGCAGCAUAUUUAAUAUCACAUGGUCAAUUGAUGGCACCCAGAUCGCUGGAGCCUGUGGAAAUGGACAUGUUGUUUUUGCACAUGUGGUGGAGCAACGUUGGGAGUGGAAAGAUUUUCAAGUAACAUUAACUAAAAGAAGGACCAUGCAGGUUCGUAAUGUUCUUAAUGAUGCAGUGGAUUUACUGGAAUUCCGUGAUAGAGUCAUUAAAGCCUCUUUGAACUAUGCACACUUAGUUGUUUCAACGUCUCUUCAGUGUUAUGUGUUCUCUACGAAGAACUGGAAUACACCACUUAUAUUUGAUCUCAAAGAAGGAACUGUUAGUUUAAUUCUGCAGGCAGAAAGACAUUUUCUUCUUGUAGAUGGUGGUGGUAUCUAUUUAUAUUCUUAUGACGGGCGCUUCCUUUCCUCUCCAAAAUUUCCUGGAAUGAGAACAGAUAUUCUAAAUGCACAGACGGUCUCUCUGAGUAAUGAUACCAUAGCAAUAAAAGACAAAGCUGAUGAAAAAAUAAUCUUCCUCUUUGAGGCAUCAACUGGAAAACCACUGGGAGAUGGGAAGUUUCUUUCUCAUAAGAAUGAAAUUUUGGAAAUUGCUCUAGAUCAAAAGGGACUUACCAAUGAUAGAAAAAUUGCUUUCAUUGAUAAAAAUAGAGAUCUCUGUAUCACUUCAGUGAAACGAUUUGGGAAGGAAGAACAAAUUAUCAAACUUGGAACAAUGGUGCAUACUCUGGCGUGGAGUGAUACAUGCAACAUCCUCUGUGGACUUCAAGAUACUCGAUUUACAGUGUGGUAUUACCCCAAUACGGUUUAUGUGGACAGAGACAUUUUGCCUAAGACAUUAUAUGAAAGGGAUGCAAGUGAAUUUAGUAAAAAUCCCCAUAUCGUGAGUUUUGUUGGAAAUCAGGUAACUAUAAGAAGAGCUGAUGGCUCACUGAUUCACAUCAGCAUAUCACCAUAUCCUGCUAUUCUCCACGAAUACGUAAGCAGUUCAAAAUGGGAAGAUGCUGUAAGACUUUGUCGUUUUGUUAAGGAGCAAACCAUGUGGGCUUGCCUAGCUGCUAUGGCAGUCGCUAAUCGAGAUAUGACUACUGCAGAAAUAGCCUACGCAGCAAUUGGUGAAAUUGAUAAGGUUCAAUACAUCAAUUCUAUAAAAAAUCUUCCAUCUAAAGAAUCAAAAAUGGCCCACAUAUUAAUGUUUAGUGGGAACAUACAGGAGGCUGAAAUGGUACUUCUUCAGGCUGGCCUUGUUUAUCAAGCGAUUCAGAUCAAUAUUAAUCUCUACAACUGGGAAAGGGCACUUGAAUUAGCUGUUAAAUACAAAACACAUGUUGAUACAGUGCUGGCCUACCGACAAAAGUUUCUGGAGACAUUUGGUAAACAGGAAACUAAUAAACGAUACCUGCAGUAUGCAGAAGGUCUUGAAAUAGAUUGGGAGAAAAUCAAAGCCAAAAUUGAGAUGGAAAUUACUAAAGAACGAGAGCGAUCCUCAAGCAGCCAGCCCAGCAAGAAUAUUGGUCUUAUGCACUAAAUGCCAUGCUUACCUUUAAGAAGUUUUACCUUUUGAAACUGAUUCUGAUUAACCAAGGAUAAGCUUGUUUUCCUUGCUUAAAAAAAGGCAGAAUCUCUAAAUAUAAGCGCUCGCUGUGUAUUUAAUACCAAAAGGAUAUUCAGAAAGACUAAGCACAAAAUAAUUGAUGUAAUUUCAUCUUUUAUAUUUUUAGUCCAAUAAUUAGCAAAACAGCCUAUAUAUUUACGAUGCAUCUAUGUAGUAUUGCUUACAUUCCAGUUUUCUGUCCAUUAUUUUAUCCCUGAAUCUUCAGUAUGAACAAUAUUAAUGCUGAUAAUAAAACAUUGGACUCUUUCAAAUGUAUGUCAU